UGGCGAUAUAAUGUCCUCCCAUGCUCAACCUCAGAUGUGGUGGUGAUGGUGCUGACAGUCCUGCUGGUGCUUCAGGAGAAGCCAGUGCAGAGCAGCUGGCAGAAGUGGCAGGGUCUGGCCUUGAUUGAUACUUCCUGACCUCCCCCUCCCGCUCAGAGUCGAAGUGACAUUUAAGUAAAAGUCUAUAAAAGGAUAUGAAAGACCUUCUGCAGAGCAGGACGGAUAUAUCUUUUCACUUAAAGGAAAAGGCAGCGAGGGAAGGAAAAGAUCACUGUGUCUCUGCCGUGCCGAAGGAAUGUGUUCAUUGUGGUGUGAGGCAGUGAAAGUUAAGCGCGUCGAAUCUGCCUGUUUUUGCUGUGACACAGAGUGUGAUGUAAAGAUGGCACUCUGGAUGAAGGACUUAAUCAACCCUAUCAACACGCACCCACUUAGUCUGUGAACUCGGACGACAUCAACAACCUUACUGACGGUUUACAAGGACGUGUCUGUCUUCAGACUCUGAGCUCAUCCUUCUUCCUUUCACCAGAAGGUCUCUGCUCUGCCUGAUGUCAACAAGCUGUGCGACGAGCCCCAGAGGACUGACAGGUCGGAGGUCAAACACACACCCACAGAGGAGGACCUCCAUUGCUGUUGUGUGUUUGCUGUUUUGCUCAAGGACACUUCAGCAUGAUGAAUGGGAGCUUUGUUGACGAGCAGUUUCUCUAAAAGCGAUCACCAGCCCUUGAUUCUAUUUUUAGUCCUUGAAAAUGCUUUCUAUUGAAACUGCACCAAUAGCCUUUUUUUUUUUGCUUUUUUUUUUUUUUUUUAUGCCACCACCUUUCACCCUGAGCUGUUAGCAGGCAUUUAGCAAACCAGGUAACCUGCAAAUGGAUGCUUCCACUGCCAUCGCCACUGUUUACUCUGGCAUCAAUCAGACUCCUGCAAUUAUGGUCUCUCAUGCUGAACACACUGGGCUGGGCUGAGGCUGUGUUGACAAGCCCGCCUGAAAUUAGAGAGGAGCUCUCUGCGAAGCCACACCUACUGUACCAGCAGGGUGUGUCUGCCUCUGGCUUAGUGUCCAGUGUGGUGGAUACCUCAGCCACAGUGGUAACCACUCUAACACAGUGUGCAUGCCCCAAUCUAUUAGUUCUAAUUUCUGGGAGGCUGUGGAUCUCUCAGAAAAUUGAUCCUAAAGAUGAACGCAAAGUGUUCCAGAAACGAUUUUUAAGUCUACCUUUCAGUAAAAUUGCAUUAUAUGAACACGCUGGGCUAUGGUGAUAGUAAAACGGUAACAUGACCUAGACAAGCAGCUCCAGUGACAUCUAAGUGCUAAACUUUGCAACCCAGACACAUUUUAUAAGCGUAUUUUGGUGCCAGAAGAGGAAUAUGGGGAUGAUGGCACAAUCCGACCUGUCUGCAAGGCAAUACAAAAUAACAGGAGUCCACGCUUGUCUCCUAACAGCGAGGAGACAUACAUAACAAACCCUCCCCCCUGACGCUGCUGUGAAAUUGCACCGAAGCGCUUCGUGGUUUCCCAGAGACGCAGUUUGUCAGAGCGCAGCGCGGCGCGGACUGAGCGCGCAGCUCCGGACGCACCUGAACAGUCUGAGCGGUGCGUGUGACCGCCAGUGAGCUCGAGACAGCCUUUCACCUGCCCUGAGCCACACACACACACACACACACACACACACACACACACACACACACACACACACACACACACACACACACACCUCUACAACAUCUGCCACGUCGUCUCAGGCGGAGAGGAGGACAGUGUGGCGGAGACAGUGUGGAUGUGGAGUAACAUGUCUACCUCUCCCAUGGACCACAUGAUGCGUUUGGAGCUCGCCGGACGUUCGAACGCGUUGUUUUGUUUUUUGAACGUUUGAACAGCGACCUUUUCUUUUCUUUUUUUCUGUUUUUUCCUUUUUUUUUUUUUUUGUAAAGCGGGCGAUGAAAAAAAAGUCCGUGCGGCGUGUGCGCGCUCCGAACAUGAUUGUACUACGAUGUCCCAGAGCAUCUGCGUGGAAAACUUAGAGGCACGCUGCAGGUUGAGGGCUGAGACAGAUGGACGCGAGCUCAACAACACAACACUGGAGACAUGCUGCACUGCUGAAUGGGUGACAAACUCCAGGUCACCUCACACACCCUGUGAAGCCCCGCACCCAUCACUUUGUUCAGGACAGGGUCCCCCAGCAAAGUGGCAGUGAUGUACCAGGAGGUGGCCUUCCUGGCAGGCAGCACUGAACACCAGUUCACCACCUUCAGCUUCAACAGAGUGGAGAACCCGAAGGAAGUCAGCUCCAAGAAGGGCUUGUUCUACAAGCGAGCCCAACUCCUGCUCCAGUCUCAGCCCCGCCAACAAGACAGAGAUGAGAUCGGCCUCGCCGACGGGGUGGCCAUUAUUAACGUGGGGGGGAUCAAGUACCGCAUUCCGUGGUCCACGCUGGAGGAGUUCCCCCUAACAAGGCUGGGCAAGCUACGUAGCUGUAGCAACGAGGCAGAGAUAAUGGACGUGUGUGACGACUACGACGGCAGCCGCAACGAGUAUUUCUUCGACCGAAGCCCGUUGGCUUUCCGCACGAUUGUCACUUUCCUUGCAGCGGGGAAGCUGCGGCUCCUGAGGGAGAUGUGCGCCCUGUCCUUCCAGGAGGAGCUACUGUACUGGGGGGUGGAGGAGAACAACCUGGAAUGGUGUUGCCUCAGGAAGCUGCGGCUCAGGCAGGAGGACUACAAGGAGCAGCAGAGGCUGGAUGAGGAAGAGGCCGAACUCAACUCGCCGCAGUCCUGCGACGAGACCCAGCAGGCCCCCAGUGUGGGGACUCUGGAAGAGACCCAUACAGGGGGCUGCAUGCGGAGACUGAGGGACAUGGUGGAGAACCCUCACUCUGGCCUGCCAGGGAAGAUCUUCGCCUGUCUGUCAGUGAUAUUUGUAGCCAUUACUGCUGUGACGCUGUGUGUCAGCACCAUGCCAGAUCUCAGAGAGGAGGAGGAGAGGGGUGAGUGCUCCCAGAGGUGCUAUAACAUCUUCGUGCUGGAGACGGUGUGUGUUGCCUGGUUCUCCCUUGAGUUCCUGCUGCGCUUCAUCCAGACGCAGAGCAAGUGUAUGUUCCUGCGCACGCCUCUGAACGUCAUCGACGUGGUGGCCAUCCUUCCCUACUACAUCACCCUCAUCGUGGACUCUCUGUCGGUGGGAGGGAAGCCUGCAGGCUCGGGGAACAACUACCUGGAGAAGGUGGGGCUGGUUCUCAGAGUCCUGCGAGCUCUGCGGAUCUUUUACGUGAUGAGGUUGGCCCGGCAUUCCUUAGGCCUGCAGACACUCGGCCUGACGGUGAGGAGAUGUACGCGCGAGUUCGGUCUGCUGCUGCUGUUCCUCUGCGUGGCCAUGGCUCUUUUCUCCCCGCUGGUGUUCCUGGCCGAGAGCGAGAUGGGCGCCAAGCAGGAGUUCACAAGCAUCCCCGGCAGCUACUGGUGGGCGGUCAUCUCCAUGACCACGGUCGGCUACGGGGACAUGGUGCCCAGAAGCAUCCCCGGCCAGGUUGUGGCGCUCAGCAGCAUCCUGAGCGGCAUCCUCCUCAUGGCCUUCCCCGUCACGUCCAUCUUUCACACCUUCUCCCGCUCCUACUUGGAGCUGAAGGAGGAACAGAACAGAGCGAUGAGGCAGAAGCCCGACUCGCAGGACAGCACCAAGUCCCAGAACAGCGAGGACUCUCAGGAGACGGACAGCUACCACGGCAUCACAGAGGCCGCGGCCUCAUCCAUGCAGCGGAGGAAGACCAUGGCCGCUCAGAGGGCUGCUGAGAUCAGAGCGUCCAUGAAAACUUAACUGCUGUGUCUCUCUCUCUCUGUGUCUGAGUUCAAGUGGCAGCCAAGGAGGCCAUGACACCGAGCGCUGGGACUUGGAAGUUGACAAGCGGCAGUAUUGUGUGAGCGGGGAGGAGAUUUUCUUCUCGGCAGCUUGAGGUCCCUGCUUUGAUCGAGUGAAGCGCUUUUGCACCAGAGUGUGUCUGAGUUUCUUGAGUUUCGCGGAGGAGCCGCAGGGGUGUUUUUCUCUCUCCAUAAAUUUGACUUUAAAAGAUCGGUAAGACUACAAUAUUUAUAAUUAAACAACUGCAGUCAAAUGAGAUUUAAACAAAAAAAAAAAAAAAAAGAAAAAAAAAAGGUGACCGUGACAGUAGUCUCUCUGAGUGCGAUUCAGACUUGAGAUAGGACUGUUCCAAAGGGAAACCAAAACAUCACACGUUGUUACUCAGACCUCUGACUGAAGAAUGAAUAUCCCAUAUCUAGCUGCAUUUGCGAGGACUGUCUGAAAUGAAUCCGUCGGACGUGCAAUAUCAUCCCCGCUCACUCUGCAUUGUAUGCGGCCAAAUCAAAUAACGUAUUGUACCUCGGGCUCUGUUACAUAAGCUUCACACAGCGCAUUUAUUUGCAGUGAAGCAGAGCUAAUUAAUCUCCAACGUAACAACACAAAAUGAAUUUAUCUGUCAAAGGGCUACACAGCUGGUUGAAGGUUCUGCUCAGUGGCGAAUGACGAGAGGAUUGGUGCCGUACUGAUGUCUCUGUUACACAGCUCCGUCUGAUGCUUUAAAAAGAAUAAUUAGCCAAUAUGGGAAAUACACUUAUUCACUUUGGUGCCAAGAGUUAGAUGUAAAGACAGCUACCACUGUGACAUCUAGGCAUGAAAUGUGAGCUACAGCAGGGAUGCCCCCCCCCCCCCCCCAUUUAAGAGUGUUGAGUGCAGCAGGGUUGAUGUAUUUUUGUAGUCUAAUCUGGAUGUUAGGGUCUCCUGGUUCCCCUUCUAAAAAGCUCAUGGUACUUUUUGAAUCGGAUUUUGGAUUAUUGUAGAAAAAUAAGAUGUGUGGCAAACAAAAGAUUAUGGUAAUCUUCACAGAUGAACACACCCUUUUCUGAUUUUUGUGCAGCAUAAAUCAAAAGACCACAAGUGAAAAGCUAAUGCUAGGCUACGAGCGAUGUACACCGCAGUCACAUGACUUCAGCGUCUCCAACAUAAAGCAUCUUACUGCUCUAUAGCAUACACACUGCAGUAUAAACUGAUCGAUCUGUUGUAAAGUUAGAGUAGAGCAAAUAAAGUCCGCCUGUAAAGACGGACUAUAGAGCAGAUGAGUCUCCACGUUCAGUCUGUUGACAUUUAAUGUCCACGCAAGCCUCCAUUCAGCCACCGGCUAGCAACUGCCUCUUUUGAGACAUGUAAAUGCUUUGUAAUUUUAACGUGGACUAUUUACUAGUGCACUAUUGGUCAUAGAACAAAACGUGAAAAUCUUGAACUUCAUGACAAGGGAACUGGAUGUGCAAAAGUGCUGCUUAUUUCUGGGUUUUAGGACUCACAGAUGCUGAUUUAAAAUUCAACCUCAACUUCAACACAUGCAGUACAGUUGUAAGCCACCCCUGCUUUCUCUCCCUGAUGUGCACAUGCCCCUGUCCAUGAGAGGGUUAUUCUUUAAAAAUAGAUUGUUUUUCAGAUUCAGACUGGUGAUGGGGAGAAAUUAUUGGAAAAACUCCUAUCAUAUUUUACCUAACUCACACGAAGGGAGAUUUUUUUAAAGUUCAGAUCCCCUGAUUUUUUUUAAAAGGGACUAAGAUAGCAGGUAUAUAUAAUUGCAUGCAUGAUCAGGUCACUGGAAAUAGGCCAAAAAAAAUAUGGCUGUUAGAAUUGUGGUGAUAUUACAAUUGUGCCACUUUUACCGUAUCAUGUAUGAAUCAUUGUGCACUUGUAAGAGCUUUAUCCCUCUGAGAGCUGGAGAUGAUGGUCGUGCCAAAUCCUCACAGAUAAUUUACCAGUGACCAUAAGUCUUCUAUGUAAAUGAAACCAGCCAGAGAAGCAAACACUUACCGAGAGGUCUAAUUGCAGUUUGAUUCACUUCAAAGAGGCAAAUGUUGUGUAUCUGCCCCCUGGCAGUGAAAGCAACAGACCCCGAGAGCUCGAGUCUAAAAGCAUUUCAGAUCAUUUCCACAGUCUUACAGGAUUUCGUCAUAUAAUUGCAAAUACAGCACUUCAUUUCCUUUGACUUGAGUGCCUUGUCCUUUGAAUGUGACACAUUAAAAACCUAUUUACCCAAACUGUUGUCAAGUUGGAACCCAUCAAAGCAGCCUAAGUGCAUGACGGUGCAAAUUGGAUUUAGAUAUGUUUAUUCUGCCACGAGGUGAUGUUUAGUCCGUCAACUCUGAAUCGCAGUCACUGCAUUAACUGAACCCUUAAAAAAGCAUGGAAAUAUUACACAGAACACUUAAAACUAUUAUAUCUACAAUAUUUAGGUUUGAAGAAAUGGAAAUAUUGUUUUGGUGAGGAGUGUACGGUGCAAAUGGACAUCAUUUGAAUAAAAAAAACCCGACUCAAAUGGAUUUGUGCUUUGCGUCAUGAAUCCACAGCCUGAGGAACAGCCUCUUUUGAAAAAUGUAAUAAAGAUUAUAAUGAAUAUGGCCCCCUGUGGAGAGGCUUUGAUUUAACAAUUUAUUACACUCAAGGAUGGCAACAGAGCGCAUGCUGCACUAUCUGCACUUAGAACCUCCUAAACUGGCUUGUCUGUGGUUUGGUUCGUGUUUUUGUUC